AUGCGCGUCCUCCAAGCGAGCCUCGUCGCGGCGGCGAUCGCGCUCGCGAUGGCGGCAACCUGCUGCCCCAACUCGUGCUCGGGCAAGGGCAAGUGCAACAUUGCCGGCAACGGCUGCGUCUGCUCGUGCUUUGCCGGCUUUCUCGGCGCCGACUGUUCCAAGCGUGCGUGCCCGACGGGCAAGGCGUGGGCCAGCACGGGCACGGGCGUCGACCAAGCGCACGUCCGCAGCGUCUGCUCGAACCGCGGCACAUGCGACCAUGCAACGGGCGUCUGCCGCUGCGAUCCUGGCUUUACAGGCGCGGCCUGCGAUCGGAUGGGCUGUCCCGGCGGGUGCGGCAAGAACGGCGAGUGCCGGUCCAUGAAGUACCUCGCGACGCAGAAGGAUGCGGGACUGCCGCCGCCCGUCGUGUACACGCAAGUCUGGGACAGCGACAUGAUCUACGGCUGCAUGUGCCUCGACCGCCACACGGGCCCCGACUGCUCGCAGACGCUCUGCCCGACGGGCGACGAUCCGCUCACGGGCUUUGCCGGCGACCUCGUCUUCGGGCAGCAGUUGAACGAGAUGCAGGCCAUCACGUGCGCCGCCACGGCAGGCACCUUUACGCUGUCGUUUCGAGGGCUGUCGACGGUCCCGAUCCAGUGGAACGACCCGGUUGCUGUCUUUGCGGCCAAGCUCAACGCACUCUCGAGUCUCGCGCACGUCGCUGUGACGUAUGCCAGCACGACGCUCCUCGCGUGUCCGCCUGCUGGCAACGUGAUUGCGAUCGAGUUCCUGCAGGAUUUCGGACCGCAGCCGCUGCUCGUGGGCAACCCGGCGAGCUUGGUGUACACGGCUGUCGGGGGCGCGGUCCAGCUCGAGACAACCCGGCUCCAAGCCGGCACCAAAGAGAAUGCACCGUGCUCGAACCGCGGGACGUGCGAUGUUGGCACGGGCGUCUGCACGUGCUACGCCGGCUUUGACACGAGCGAUGGCUACGGCAAUCUCGGUGCGCGUGGCGACUGCGGCGCGACGACUGGCCCCGUCACCAACUGCCCGGGCACGGUGACGCCGUGCAGUGGGCAUGGCUACUGCUCGGGCGAGCCGCAGUACGCGUGCCUCUGCUACCAAGGGUGGACCUCGGGCGACUGUUCGAUCCGCACCUGUCCUCAAGGGCCGGCCUGGUUCGACACGCCGACCAACAACAACGACGCUCACCACGACGCAAUUUGCUCGAACGCAGGCAUCUGCAACCAAGCGACCGGCCUCUGCGAGUGCGCCUCGGGCUUUGAAGGCGCCGCGUGCCAGCGCUUGGCGUGUCCAACAACGACCACCGAGCCGUGUUCGGGCCAUGGCCAGUGUCUUACCCAAGGCCGUCUCUCGCUGCAGUCGACGUCAUGGAAUGGAAGCCCCACGCCGUUCACGUACGGUGCGACGCCCAACCACCCGAUGACAUGGGACGCCCACCACAUCCAAGGCUGCUAUUGCGACACGGGGUUUGCUGGCCACGACUGCGCCUUGCGCACGUGUGCGGUCGGCGACAACCCGCGCACGACGGGGCAGACGAACGAGAUGCAAGUGCUCAUCUGCACAGCGACCGCGCCAUCGACGUUCCAAAUCAGCUUCCGCGGCCAAACGUCGGGACCGAUUGCGACGACGGCGACGGCGGCCCACGUGGCGGCCGCGCUCGGACUCGUGCCGGCGAUCGGCGCCGUCUCCGUUGUGUUUAGCGCCGGCGCGACGACCGUGUGCACGCCAGCGGGCACGAACCUCGUCCACGUGACGUUCUUGACCACGUCGGGCGACGUGCCGCCGAUGACGGCUGUCGUUGCCAACACCGUUGCGAUUCCGUCGUUUCUGGUUGCGACGGACGGCGCUAGCGGCUCGAUCCGAGGCACGACCGAGAGCGAGCCUUGCUCGGGCGGGGGCGUGUGCAACCACGCAACGGGACUCUGCGCCUGCUUUCCCGACUUUGCGCAGAGCGACGAGCGCGGCCAAGCCGGCCUGAGUGAAGACUGCGGCUACCUCGUGCCGUAUCAAGGCGACAUGAUCUACUAUUCGUACGAAGACAGUGCGUAG